UAUUUAAAACGAAUAUUUGGGUGCAAAUUGUGUUGUUAUUAAGCUUUCUUGUUGAAUUGCCUUCCAAUUAUGUUUUCGUUGAAAAUUCAAAUAGGCGCCCGUUUCAAAUUCAAAUAGGUUGAAGGAUGGGCGCUUAUUCGAGGGUUGGGCGCCUAUUGGAGGGAGGCACUUAUUUGAGGCGGGCGCUUGUUCGAGGCAUUACGGUAUAUGUAAUGAAUUACUGCGAGAAACUAAGUUAAUGUGAGUUGAAUGAAACAUAGAGGCUUAGAAACUAAUUUGACGUAAGAUAGUAGAGAAUUAUAGAUGAAUUACUGAAAGGAUGGAGACUUGAUGCAUUGGUAGAAACAGAAACACACACAUAGCUAACCUUUCAAUUUCAGCGCUGAUUUAUAGAUCAAAAACGCAUAAAGCAGAGAAAGGAGCAUCAAAGUUUAACAAUGAACCUGAAUUCUAAAGUGGAUGAAAUUAAAGUUGGGCUCCAGUUGGCGAAGAAAACAUUAAGAAAUGCACAGGGAUCAAGGAAUAAGGUAUACAGGUAAGAUGCUUUUUAUUCUUUGAUAAUCAUUAAAAGAGCACGGGUGCGCAAUUCGAUGAGAAGUUGUACAAAUCAAAUAUGAUUAUCCGAAUAUGUUUAGCUUCAAGAGUGGCAGAUGAGAAGGGAUUUGAUGUUAUUCUUAAUGUUCAAACUAUAAAACGAGGUAGGCGAGCCUGCGACUAUACUGCAAUGGCUGAAAAACAAUGGGUAAAAAGACCUUUCAACAUCUCUUACUACCCCUAACCUCUAUUUUGACUCGAUAAAUACUUUCUUUACACAGCAGAUGAUAAUGAUUAACUAUAAGUCACCAGUAUUCUGUCUCUCCGUUUCAUUGUUUCUGAUAGAUAAUCUUUCCAUUUAGGACGAUUGAAGAAAUGCACUCAAAAUACGAAUCAAUGAGGGACUUCUAUGAUUCAAGAAUUGAAGAGUUGAAGAAGGAGAAUGCAGAAAUGACGUCAAGAAUUACAUCGGCAACUGAUGUAACAAACUGCAGUGAAAAGUGUGAAACAACUAAGCAGGAACACAUCGAAAAGCCAAAGGAAAAUUGCCUAAAAUUGGAUGUUGUUAACUGGAGGGAUGGAACUGAUACCACGAAAAUGAGAAGAGCAAUCCCAAGAAACGAAGAAAAUAUUAACGACAAAGAUUUGAAAGAAGAAGUUGAAUUCAUAGCAAUGAAAGCUGAAUUAAAUAAGAAAGAGAUGAAGAACUUUAAGAUCAGUGUAACUAGUGUAAGUGAAAUUAUCAAGUUGUUAACACCAGCUAACAAAGAAUGAUUUUAGAAACUAUAGAUAUUGGUUAAGAACGUUGUGAACACACGAGUCACUAGGGAUUGUAAACCUGAUACAGUUUUCCUUUAAUCACUCUCUAUGAUCCAGUAAAGGUUUGCAUCCAUGAUUGAAUGAUUGAUCAAUUGAUUAUUUAAAUGUCGUAGCGAUUAGACCGAUUGAAUGAUUCUUGUUGACGAUUAAUCAUUCAACGAAGAUAUAAA